GCAUUGCUGAAAUGAGAACUGACGGAACAUUCUUGGAACUUUGCUUACCAACAAAUCGUCGUCAGCUGAGGAAGACGGAGAGUUUCACGCAGAGGGAGGAGUCGCCAGGGCCAGGUCUCGCUCCCCUCCACUCUAGUCACCUUCCUCGUCAUCUUUAUUACACACACACGUCUACGACACCAGCGUUGAGAUGGAAGGGAGUGUGACUCUGAUCAUAAAAGCAGCCAAUCAGAGUGUUCCAGACCAACAUAUGAACUGUGACUUGGACUGGUCUGUGCUGUACCUCAAGGACCAUCUCUCAUCUGCUCAUCCUUCUAAACCAAAAGUGGAUGAACAGCGCCUCAUCUAUUCUGGCCAAUUACUGCUCGACAAUUUACUGUUACGAAACGUUUUGCGACAUCCUACCGAAAAUAACGCUUACACAAUCCACCUUGUUUGUUCACCAAAACGUAAAUCUCCACACACGACAAGUUCGCAAACGACGCCCUCUGGCACUCAAAGAGGACAGUCUUCACCUGGGUCUUCACCAGCUGGUAGACAGUCACCUCAACAGGUGCUGCCAGAAAUGAGUUCAAACCAAGAUGCAGAUAGAGUGGUCCCUCAGCAAGUUGGAUCUCCACAGGACACCUCAGUAAAUAAUGAUUCAACUGAUGGGCUUCGGCGUCGGAAUGUGGCCAACAGUAAUGAAGCGUCUGUACCAACAUCACAGAGUAUAGAUGCCACUUCUGCGUAUCCAUCCCAAUCCCAAAUUCCAGUUGGUGUACUUCAGGCCAGUACAGAUCCUAUGCAGCAGAUGGCUGCUAUGCAGCAGAUGUAUGCACAUUACAUGGCAUACAUACAAUAUAUGCAGAUGGGUGGUGGUGUUGGAGGGAUUGCUUGGCCACAGCAGAUGGUGCAAUUGCCUACACCACCGAACCCGGCCACAGCCACCACAACUGCAGCACCUACACUUACCUCACCACAACCCACUCUAGACCAGCAUGAGCAGCUGCAGCAGCAGCAAGAUCAGAAUGAACUAGCACAACAGCAGCAGCAACAACCACAGCAGAUUAGAAUGAAUGCACAAGGUGGUGAAGUGGAGGAUGAUGACGACGAUGAAGGAAUGGGCCGUGAUUGGUUAGAUUGGAUCUAUGUCCUGUCACGAAUGCUGGUUCUUCUGUCAAUUGUUUACUUCUAUUCAACACUCUCCAGGUUCAUGGUAGUUGUCUGCAUCGCCAUGCUUUUAUACCUAUAUCAAGCAGGCUGGUUUAGACCUGCACGAAGAAUAGAGCAACCACAGCUAGCUGAGAAUGAUGUAAACAACAUCCAAGAUGACAGAAAUAACAAUGUUAAUAACAACAACAACAACAACGAGAUUCCAGAGGAAAUAAGAAAUCCUGAAGAACCAUUAAUUGAUGUAAAUGAAGACAAUGAGGUGAACAAUGAAGCUACCGAGAGGGUUGUUGAGGAAAUACCUGUACGACCCUCCAUUCUUGCACUCUCUUGGACAUUCCUAACAGCUUUCUUCACGUCUUUGAUCCCCGAACAACCUCAAGCCAUUUAAAUAUAGCCAUUACAGUUGUUGAGUCAUUUGUCGUCGGUUCUCGGUGUGCACUUCGUUGUGAAUGUUUUCUCUUGAUAUUUAGGAGGAAAUCUUGAAACAUAAUUUUGGAUAUUCAUAUCCACAAGUAAAAGGUUUACCUGCUGCACUUGUUUAUGUAAAGAUCAUGUUUGUAUGCUUCAGGCUUUUAUAUUUUUUUAAGUGUAUUUUCUUUGUAAGUUUCCAAGGCAUUAUUUGGUAAGCAAUAUCACUUUUGAGAGCUCAUUGCACUUGGGUGGUUAAUGUUGUGUGUUAGUGUAAUGAAUAUGACUAUUGUAAUGUAAACAUUCAAUACUUAAUAUAUGCAGAACUUAAGCACAUUAAACUGAAACUUAAAUUUUUUCUUUGCCUACAUUCUUUAUUUGAGCCAGCAAAUGAAGAUAUGGUAUUAGAUGCAUCAUUCUGUUAUCUCUACAAAUUAACAUGUGGGAAUAGUUACUUCAUUAAGUAAUCUCUCACAAACCUUGUUUCGUACAAAGAAAAUUAUGCAUGUAGCUGAAUAUAUGAUUGAAUUGUUAAGUUCAUAUAAAAAAAGAUUAAUUGUAGUAAUACCAUUUCCUGGGGUUAUUGAUACCUGAUGUUUAGCAUCAAGUAGUAGCCAAAGAUAUAUUUAUUUAAGUUUAUUUACAAGUGAAGCAGGUACUAACUUCUUGUGUUGGAAAAAAAUAUGUGAAAUGGAGGAGGUACUGCCCUGAAGAGCGCACACGAGAGGAAGUAAACAAAUUGAUCCUUUAUAUUGAAUAUUAAGCUUUUAUAAAAGCUGAAAUAUUACUUUUUCUUAUGCUGAUUUUGAGAGCCUUGAGGAAUUGAACACACUGAAGUUUAGUAUAGGCAGAAGAGAGGCUUGGUAGUGUGAGGCUAGUGGACACUGUGCAGUAUUAAGGAUAACAUUGUGUUCAAACACGCACCACUCGUAAUGUCAAUGUUACCGCAGCUAUGUAUUGUCACUAUGGAACUUUGAUUUUUACAGCUAGAAUUGAUUAUUAAUUUAGAGUAUUUAUUGAAAAUGGCAAAUUCACUGGACAAGUUGCAAAUUAAUACUUAUUAAUGUCUUCCAUACAAAAUUUUCAGGCCUGAUGAAUUUUAACAUUUUAAGUGUAUUAUGGCAGAUUUUUUUUUUUUCUUUUUUUUUUUUUUUUUUUUUUUUUUUUACUAUGAUAGGUGGAAGAUACAUAUAGCAUUUAAUGAACCAAGUUAUGUCUGUCGAGUUAAGCGAUAUUUAGUCCGUGCCUCGUACAUUAUUUUCAUAUUUAUUAAUGAUGUGGUCAAUUGGCAGUUUACUCUGCUGUAAUCUCCAUGCAAGUGUUCCACCGAAAAGUUCUCUGCCGAUACUUCUGUGUGGCACACCUGGGGCUGCCAGCUUCCUCCAUGUAUAUUGUUAUUCUGUGAUUACCACUGAUAAAGAUUAUUUAUUUUGUACCAUUAUUUACCUAUUGUGCAGUUAUGUGGAUUUUUCAUGUAGAAAGUUUGAGAUGUGUAAUGGAAAGUUUGGUUAUGUACACUUUUUUGUAAUGGAGUCACUUAUUGUAUAUGAUAUUAUAAAGAAUAAAUAUAUAUUAUCUAUAAUGCUUUAUUUUGUAAAUUAAGCAUGAAAGUGUAUUGUACAGAUAAUAAAGGUCAGAAUCAGAAAA